UCCAAUCUUUUCACUACAUGCAGACAGGACAUGGACGAGAACCAAGACGGACCGCUGCCUGAUCUGCUCAGCAGCAAGCAGCCAACGACUGAUCAGUCCUGGGGCAAGGUCGGAAUCAAAUUUGAGGGAAUUUCGCUGCUUGUUCGAAAUGCUAAGGGUGAAAGAAAAGAAAUUUUGUCCAAUCUGCACGGUCUGUUCCCCUGCGGACAACUGUCGGCGAUCAUCGGCCCUUCAGGCUCGGGAAAAAGCAGCCUGCUAGAAGUGUUGGCCGGCCUGCAGACGCCCUCGAAAGGCUGCGUCCUUCCACAGGGCCAGAAGCGGCGUCUGAUCGCGCAGGAAUGCGUCUUCCCCGAAGUUCUGACGGCCUACGAAGCGCUCACGAUGGCCGCGGCCCUCAAGCUUGAUGCUCCGGUGGCCGACCGACGCGUGGCGGUGCGUCGCGUACUGCGCUCCCUCAACCUGACGCAGUGCGCGGCCACGCAGUGCGUGUCCCUGUCCGGCGGACAACGAAAGCGACUGUCCAUCGCCUUGGAGUUAAUCGACGAACCGCCAGUGCUUCUGCUGGAUGAGCCAACCACAGGUUUGGACUACGUGUCUGGGAUGAGGUGUGUGCGGUUGCUGCAGGACCUCUCGCGGACCGAGUCGCGCACCAUAGUGUGCACGAUCCACCAGCCGAGUGCGCUAAUCCUUGAGCUGAUUGACAACAUCUACCUGCUGGCCUCAGGAAGCUGCUUGCACAAGGGUUCAGUUGACAGUCUGCUUCCAAAACUGGGUUCCUUUGGACUCUCCUGUCCGAAGUAUCACAACCCCGCCGAUUUCGCUCUAGACGUGGCCUGCGGAGAACACGGGUCUGAAGUGGUCGAUCUGCUGGCGCAGCAGCAGGAAAUCAUUCUGGCUCCCGCUGACUUCCCUUGCGAGCUCGAUAAAAAGGACAAAGGGCCUGCUACGUCUUUCUUCACGCAGUUCUCAGUUCUUCUGCGACGAUCGCUAUUUGUGAUGGUGCAGGACAAAGUGUUGACAGUGACAAAAAUUUUGGUGCACAUUGUGAUUGCCAUAUUGUUGGGUGUCACCUUCUACAACUUUGGGCACGACGCCGCCAGAGUGUUCAACAAUGGCGCUCUCCUCGUCUGCUUGCAGAUCUUCCUUCUCUUCAGCAACCUCAUCCCAACAGUGCUCACUUUCCCUUUGGAAAAAGCCGUUUUUAAGCGAGAGUUUUCCAAUUGCUGGUACUCAAUGGAGGCUUUUUACCUGGCCAGAUUCGUAGCCUACCUGCCCUUGUCAACCUUCAACUCAAUCAUCUUUACCUCAAUCGUCUACUGGAUGACAGACCAACCCAUGCAGGUCGACGCCUUUUUUAUAACCGUCACCUCGGCAGUUCUGACUGGACUGAACGCUCAGAGCAUGGGAAUCCUAGUUGGCACAGUGACGAGCCUAGUUAACGGAAUGUUUCUUGCGUCGCUCAGCGGAAUUCCGCAGUUUGUUUUCUGCGGCUACUUCAUCACUCUGAGCACCACCCAUAAUGUCAUCAAGGUGAUUGCUCAUUGCACCAGCUACACGCUUUAUAGCUACCACGCCAUGGUGGCUACCAUUUAUGGACGAGACAGGCCCAAGCUGCACUGCGAUGACUUAUAUUGCUAUUUUCGAUCGCCAAAGAAGUUCCUCGACUUCCUCGGUGUCACAGACGAGGGUGUUGGCGUCGACUUGGCUAUCAUUUUCGGUUUUCUUCUCGCCAUUAACCUCGCAACUUACAGUGUAAUGAAAUAUAAAUAUGCGCACCUGCAGAGGUAGCAUUAUUAAUUUAUUGUUAUUUCUAUCGGCUUCUCUAGGUGAAUCUCAUUGUUUUAUUUUCGUUUUUACUGCCAAACGACAGAAAAAGGUCGGGGAAGGCAUUAUUAUUUUAUUAUUGAAUGUUUGUUGAUUAAGAAUGAAACAACCACUUGUUUGAACUUGA